AUGGAGUCAGGCCAUGGUGGAGUCAAGAUUCCAGUGUGGAAUGGCGAGGCUUCGACACUCGAGAGUUUCGAGGAGAAGGUGAAGCUGUGGGUCCUCGGCACGAAGAAGGAGGACAGAGUCUAUCUGGGCCCCAGGCUGGUUCAGGCGAUGGACGAGGACUCCCAGCAGUGGCACGAAGCCAAGAAGGUCUCUUUAGACGACUUGGUCAAAGAGGACGGUGCCGAGCGGGUCGUGAACGCGCUGAAGGGCGUUCGAGGUACCGUGACGAUGCAGGAGGCAGUGUCGAAGUGGAGAGAGUUCAUGAGAGGCAUCUACAGGAACCCGGGCGCCCUACACGCGGUGUGCAACGACAUUCCAGCGACGGGCUUCAUGCAAGAGUUCAUCCUGGGGCUGAUCUUGCUCGAUGGUACGGGCCUGGAUCCGUCCGAGCAGGCGGCGGUGCUGGCGACAUCCGGUCCUAAGGGCAACUCGUACAUGUACCAGGACGUGAAGAAGGCGCUGGCGGAGCAGUGGUCCGAAGAGCAGCUGGCCGCCAGGGGCCCGGAGCAGAUCGGCGAGCUGACCGCGUACGCGGAGGAGAUCUUCGACGAGGCCUACCAGGGCGGCUUCGGAGAGGCCGCCGACCUGACGGAGACGGCGAUGGCGGCCGCCGAGGAGCUCGUGACGGCGACGAUCGGCGACAACCCGAACUCAGAGGAUAAUCUUGGACAGGACGAAAGUCUAGCUGCGGCAGUACUUCCUGGGGAAGAGCGAGCUGACGAGUGGACGGAGACGGCGUUCGCUGCUUCUCGUACGUUCCUGGAGGCUCGGAAGCUCAUCAACGAGGUGAAGAACGCGAGGGGCUACUUCCCAGUGGACAAGGAGCUGGACGAGGUCGAGCGGCAAGCCGAGGAGCAGAUCCUGACUGAGGACGACGGCAACUUUGAGGACGGCACGUUCAUCGGCUUCAGCCUUGGCGAGUGCAAGGGCUACGCGCUUCUGGGCGGCGGCGCGUCCAGGUCCGUAGGCGGCGUCGAGCAGCUGGAGUACCUGAACGAGCACCUGCAGAACCCGAUGGAGGUGAACCCGGGGGCGGGCCUGGGCUUCUCGUUCGCUGGUGGUGAUCGGGCUGACGCUCCCUCGAAGGUCUCGUUCCAGGUCCACAACCUUGACGAUCGGUCAGUCGAGAUCUACGUGCUGGGCCGCCCGUCGCCCAUCCUGCUGGGAGUCGACAUGCUGAAGAAGUUUGGGCUGGUGAUCGACUACGAGCGGAACGCAGUGUACUUCCGGGAGCUCAAGAAGGAGAUUCCCACAAAG